AUGGAUCCUGCUUCUCUCGCUCUCUCCAUUUUUGGGACCUUGGAUAUAUGUCUCAGAUACGGCAAGCGCCUCGUUGAAUUAUGUCGCGAAAUUCGCAACCUCCAAAACGACAUCGCCCAGAUCGCCUUAACAAUUGAAGGCGUAUGGCUGAAAACGGAGAUUCAGUUGGAUUUAUUGAAGCGCUUAUCGAGAGCUGGAUCGUUAGACCACACCUUGAGUGGCCAUUAUGGAGAGGCUCUUCAGCGACUGCGGGUGAAGAUCUCUGGCGCUGUGACGGGCUUCGAGGCAGUUCACAAACGGUCGAUUUCCACCUCAAGAUUCCCCCAAGUGGCUUGGACGGUGUACUUAAAGCGACAUCUCGAGGGAGUGGUAAGCGAUCUCGAGGAAUGGCAGCGCCGGUUCGAUCCGUCUUGGUAUCUUAUCACUUUCAUUGCCAAUCCUCUCGUGGACGAGCAAUUAGAGUCGAAGAAGAAUGAGGAGCCAUCGGCAGCAAAACUAUUGGAAUUCAGAGAUGCUCUGCGACAGAUUUCUACGGCGAAAACCCCGAUCAACGGCUCGAUCUUCAAAAGCCCAGCUCUCCUUGAACAACGACAGCAUAUCACGGGGACCAACGACUACCUUUCUCGCUAUCUCGGUACUAAACAGGAAGUCCUUCUCGAUGUUACAAGCUAUACCCGCAAAUCAGCUUUGACAAGCAGAGUCCAUGUCAGAGACUUAGCGCGACUUCUCCGCCAUGUCGACCCCUCGACAUUUAGCCUUUUGAAAUGCGACGGCGUGAUCGAGGUCCUCACUGACCAGGAAACCCAAUUCCAAUUCAUCUUCGAAAUUCCUCACGGAUUGUACUCUCCGAGACCGCUCCGAAACUUCCUGGCAGAAUCACCGCGUAUUUCUCUGAGCAAGCGCGUCCAGCUUGCGAAACAACUCGCCCGAUCAGUCAUGUUCGUCCAUACAACUGGCUUCGUGCACAAAGGCAUUCGACCGGAAACCAUUAUGAUCUUCCGCGAAGGUAACCAAGACAUCGGCCCUUCUUUCCUUGUCGGGUUCGAGCGUGUUCGGCGCGCAGAAGCUCAGACUGAUCUACUAGGCGACCUGGAGUGGGAAAGGAACCUCUACCGACACCCCGUGCGGCAGGGGCUUUGGUCCGACGAAGCGUUUACCAUGCAGCAUGACAUUUACAGUCUGGGGGUUUGUCUUCUUGAGAUAGCCCUAUGGGAGUCGUUUGUUCGCGGUGAUGACAUCGGAAGGACAACUCCUUGGUCGGACCUGGACAUCCACGAUGCCAUCUCGGACAAGGAUGCUCGGCGUGGAGGCUUCGCUAUGAAGAGAGAACUUGUUGCAAUGGCUAAGGAUCGACUUCCUGCCACGGUGGGGGAUCAGUACACGAAUAUUGUUCUCGCGUGUCUGUGUUGUCUAGAUGGGGUAAAUGAUAAUAUCUUUCGCGAUGUCAAAGAUGACGAUGAUAUUGUAAUAGGCAUCCGCUUUAUUGAGAAUGUACUGGUGAAACUAGAGGAGUUGCAGAUAUAG